CGGGGUGAACAGCGGGGGGCCCGCGGCCCCGCCGGCCGCCACCGCCGCCUCCUCAGCGGGCUCGGACGCGGAGCUCAUGGACGGCGCCUAUUUCCGCUCCUGCGCCGGCAUGCUGAAGGUGGCCCAGAUGGAAAGAAUUCUUUAUGCUACAUCUGUAGACAUUCCUGCGUUAGUGUUAAGGUGGCUGGUGGGACUGCAGUCUUACUAAGAAGGAGAACCAUUGUGCUGGCAGAGGACAAAGUUUUGCCAAGAUCUCUUAUAUUCUUGGGGAUACAUGCAGGAUCCCAUUGUGUCCAUCUUGGUUCUAUAGCAGCAGUGUACUAAAUCUCAUUGCUGAUUGGAUUCAUCAGUGUAAAUAAUUCUCCAUGGACGGAUUACAGUGCAUACAGCUACUUUCAGAUUGUCACCAUGUGCGACUUGGUUAUGAUUUUGUUCUUCUACAUUAUCCACAUUUUCAGAAUCUACAGGAAGCUCACUUGCGUUAGCUGGCCACUUGCGGAGUUUCUUCAUUAUUUAAUUGGCACAAUUCUGCUUCUCAUUGCAUCGAUUGUAGCAGCAUCCAAGAGUUACAAUUUGUCUGGGCUUGUGGCUGGAGCGACUUUCGGGUUCCUAGCUACGAUCCUUUGUGUUUUAAGCAUAUGGUCAUCCUACAAGGUUUCAUGCAUCACGCAGUCAACAAAUGCAUCUGUAUGACUCCUUCAUCUCUGCAAGACAUCUGCCUUACAAAAAAGGAUACCAAAGAGGAGUGUGCACUACUGAAGAGAGAGCAUGGGUAUUUUGUUACUAGCCUGGAGACCCGGUAACUUCUGAAGAUCUACUUGAAUGCCUAUGCUAAACAAUGUUGUGAACCAAAGUUUGUUUGCUCCCCCACCUCCCCAGUGCAAGAAGUUUAUAAUGGAGAGCCUGCUUUUUAUGAGCUUUACAGAGAUAGACAACUUCUGUCUCAUAAGCUGGGCUGUGGUCAUUUCUAGCUGUUUGCAAUAAGUGCAUUUAAAACUUAUUUGGAGAGCCAUUUGGUUCUCCUUUGAGAGGGAUGGAAAAAUUGCUUUUGAUUUCCUCCAUCUGUUUACAGAAAGGAAAUCCUGUGAAUUCCUACCUGAUUCUUAACUUUCAAGGGUGAUUUGUUUAACAAAGGAACUGCUACAAACUGAUUUGUGCCUGGAUAAGCUGACCCAAGUCUUUGUUACCUCUUUAUCAGAAAGGUGGACUUUGUCUAACAUCAGCUCAGCCAGCAUCAAAAAUUAUGAACUGCAACUUGAAUACAUCACUGCGAACACUCCUUCCUAGCCCUAAUACUACAUGAUGAAAUCGGGGGGUUUUCUCCAUGAAUUUUUACAGGUUAUUAACAAUCAAAGAUUAUUCUUGAAAACUUCACUCUGCUAAACACAGGAAAAUACAUACCCAAGAAUAUAUGCUUAA